GAUGAAGGACGGCGUGGAGAUGACGAAGGAGGACUCCUACAAGGCACGGUACCGCUUCAAGAAAGACGGGAAGCGCCACAUUCUCAUCUUCUCAGAGGUGACCCUGGAAGAUUCGGGUCGGUUCAAAGUCAUGACCAACGGUGGCCAGUGCGAGGCUGAUCUCAUUGUGGAAGUGAAACAGCUGGAGGUCCUGCAGGACAUUGCGGAUCUGACAGUGAAGGCCUCGGACCAGGCCGUGUUCAAGUGCGAAGUGUCCGACGAAAAGGUGACGGGCAAGUGGUUCAAAAAUGGGGUCGAGGUGCGGCCCAGCAAGAGGAUCACCAUGACCCACACGGGGAG